AUGUCAACAUCGAAACCUGUCGAAUGGGUUACGGCUCUCAUUGCACGGUUCGAAGAUCAACUGCCGAUCAGAUGUGGAGAAUUAACAAAUCAAAUGCGUUUGAAUGUAGAACAGAAUAAAGAAUGUUUAAUUGCAUUGAGUCGAUUCAAAUUCACACUCGUCAUCAAUGGACUAACUGAUAUAUUGAAAACGAUUGAUAAUACUAGAUUCGGCGGUUAUGAUCAAGAGAAGAAUAUUUAUGAAUCGUAUUUAAUCGUUCUCGAUGCUGUGGAACAAUGUUUAGCCAAUACGAAAGAUUUGAGUACCAGUCGAUUGGACGAAGCAAUCUAUGUGAAGAAAUUACUACCACUUGUUUGUAAACUAUUGAAUAUCUCUGGCGAUGGAAUAACAGCUCAACAUGUGCGACAACUCGCAUCGAAUGUUCUAUUCGCCUUGAGCGUCAAUAAUUUCAGUACUCUCUUUAGUAAAGUUGUUUCCAGGUUGGAAUGUUUGAUUGUAUCUGGUGAGGAGACAUGUGAAGCUGGAGAUCUCGAUCUGAUUCAACAUAUGAAUGUCGAUAUGUUGAAGUUAACAAGAUUGUUGAAUGAGGAAGUGCAGAAAUGGAAGUUAUUAAAGAAGAUUCACCAUACGGAACUUGUUAAAAGCGUGGAAAAAGCUAUUUGGAAUUGGUUGGAUACAUAUCCUGAAGAAUUUACUGAUCUACAGAAACGACCGAACGCCGAGUUGAGUGAUAGUUGCGAGAAAUUAUUCGAACUCUUGGAUUCAUUUGGUGAAGCUAAUCGUCGGAAAGUUCAAUUUGUUUGGCCACUGCAAAUGAUGCUGUUAGUUCUCUGUCCAAUUAUCCUGGAAGAAUUAGUCUAUGCCUUGGAAAAGAACGGACCUUGUUCGGCUGAACACUUACGUAAAAGAAACUUUGUCGAUACACUCAAACGUCAAUUACACGCGCAAGCAUUAGGCAAACAACAUUCCGGUGGUACGGAGUCCGCUGCUGUUGUCACAUUUGUGAAAUUAUGCAAAGCAGCAACAUAUAUUAAUAAUAAAGACUCGAAUAACGUCUUAUUCGUCAUAGUUCCACCAGUUAUUAGCGACUUGAAACAGAUUCUGUUCAAUCCUGCAAGACCAUUCUCACGUGGACAGGAUAAAGUCAAUGUUGACUUGGAAUUAAUGAUCGAAUUUUUUCUUGUCUGCCUUCGGCUAUGCCCACAUAAUAAUGAAGUCUUACGAAUUUGUUUAAAUCUAUCAUCACCAGCAAUGUUUCAUUAUGUCUUAGUCAAAGCUCUUUAUCGGAUUAUCACACAGAAGCGUUUAGCUUGGUGGCCACAAAUUGAUAUUGUUUAUUCUCGUGCCGGAGAACUAAGAAAUAUGUUUACAGAUACAUUGAACAAAGUUUCUCAAUCAUCAACAUUUUCUACCACGCCGUUACGAAUCUCGAGUAUAACCGGUGUUAGUAGUCUACGAGAUAUUCUAUUCAAUCCACAGCAGUUUCGUUCGCAAUAUUCGACUUUUAGAUUUAAAGCAUCCGAUCGUGUCGCGUAUGACGAUGGACCGAAUAACCGUGAACUACUAUUAUGGAUUGUUCGUUUAAUCAUCGUCGAUCCUUAUCUAAUGUUGCACAAUCCGAAUAAACUUGAUCAUGAGACGCAAAUGUCAACAUUUGAAUUAAUUAACGGUCUUGUUUCACUUGUUCACGACACAUCGAUGAUGCCAGAUGUCGCUCACGCAGCGAUGGAAUCAUUAUUAGUUCUGCACGAAACACGAAAUAUCGAAUUAUGGAAUCCCGAAGCAUCGAUUAACACCUUUUGGUCAAUUUCCAGUCAGGUCUUAUUUUCAAUCUCACAAAAACUUGUCCUACAUCAAAUCUAUGAAUACACAUCUGUUUUACGCUGGUUAAGAGAAAUUCUUGUCUUGCGCAAUGCUUUUCUCUUUCAUCAUAAGGAAAAUGCUUAUCUUGGAUCGAAUAUUCCUAUGGCUAAACAUGCACAUACAAAACUGGAAAUCGUCUUCUUCAUCUACCUGUGGUCGAUCGACCCAGAAGCGGUGAAGAUCGCCAUGUCCUGCUUUGCCUUAUUUGCACACGAAGCUGAUAUUCGAUUCGGUUUCGACGAAACGGCUGUUUUAGCACUGCUACCGAAUUAUAACGUCUACAUGGAACUGUCGGCAGCAUCGACCACGUUAGUCACAACGGGACGAAAUGCUUUACAGAAGAAGAUCCUUUCGCUAUUACGACGUAUUGAAUACGCAACACCGGGAAAUAAACAAGCAUGGUACGACACUUUUGUUAGUCAACAACAUUUGGCGAAAUUUCUUGCCGUAUAUCCAAAACGUGUGGAUGAUUUAGGAAGCGGAGGUUCGACAACAAACUCACCGGUAGUGACAGGAAAUGAAGCAAGUUCAACAGCGGGUAGUGGCUACGGAAAGUUGAACAAAAGAAGAGCGGGUGUUCAUUCGAGCGAGCAUGAAAUUGAAGAUGUUUUCCAUGAAUGGGCAAAUAUGACAGGAUUCUUAUGUGCACUUGGAAGUAUAUGGCUACCGACUAAGAAUCGACCUGGCCAACACGGCAUUCCUGCUGAUGCACGGCGAACUUCGAUGGAGCCAGUUAGUUCUGAUUUGCACUAUUGUCCAGUAACACAAUUCAUUGGUGAUUGUUUAAAAUAUUUGGUUUGUCAAAAUGAAAAGUUCGGUUUACAAAUUCAACGUCACAUUCAGGACUUGUUGGGACAUGAAUUAAAUCCUUUAUGUUAUCCGAUUCUAUUCGAACAAAUUAAAAUUCAAGUCGACAAGUUUUUCGAUGCUAACGGUCAAGUGAUCUGCUCGGAACAGAAUACCCAAUUUGUCGACAAUGUUAUCGUCAUCAUGCGCUCCGUUUUCGAAAUGAAAGCACAGCAAGCUGCUCAAAAUCCUCUAGAAGGUCCACCGACUACAACCGGCUCGUCGAAUACAUUGGGUGUUCCAGGGAAUAAUGCUAGUUCACCAACAUCCGUCGUUGGUGGAUCAGCAAAUGAAUCAGCAUCCGCCUCAUCAAAUGCAAAUGGACGUAGCGGGGUACAGACGAUCAGUGAAAAUCCAUUAGCAAAUAUCAAUAGUUUGGAACAGCUCGUAUUAAAUAUAGUUCGUUAUACUCGACAUCUGGAUACCAGCGUUGGUGCUGUGGCUAUUCGAAUUCGUGUGUGCCAAUUAGUUGAAUCGAUGAUGAAACGACGAGAUGAUUUAUCAUUCCGACAAGAAAUUAAAUUUCGAAAUAAACUUGUGGAAUACUUAACAGACUGGAUCAUGGGAAAUUCGCAUCAAUUUAAUCAAGUUCAUGCAUUAGGACAAUCCGCUGCUGGCGUUGGUGUUGGUAAUAGUGUUAAUGUCACAACUACGCAGCUAGUUGUGGAUCAAUAUCAGCAUCUCACACGCGAACUGGAUCAAGCAUCAAUGGAAGCAGUUGCGUCGUUACUUCAUUCACUUCCAUUGCAACCUGAGGAAAGUGAUCGAGGCGACCUAAUGGAAGCCAAAUCGCAACUUUUUCUUAAAUACUUUACUCUAUUUAUGAAUCUUUUGAAUGACUGCGGUGACGAUUUAAACGAUGAUCAGAAUUCUGUGACAGAGCAUCAGAAUAACAACGAACGAACAACGACAACAAAUCAAACGCAACAGCAGCAACAACAAGCACAACUCAACAGUCAAUUACAACAAAAACAACAAUCAUUACGAAAUUCGACCAUCGUGGCCAUGUCGAAUCUACUUGCUGCAAACAUCGAAAGCGGUCUAAUGCGAAGUAUCGCUUUGGGUUAUCAUCGUGAUCCGCAAACACGUGCCGCUUUCAUGGAAGUGUUAACUCAAAUUCUUCAACAAGGAACAGAAUUCGAUACACUAGCUGAAACUGUUCUUGCUGAUCGAUUCGAACGAUUGGUUGAACUUGUCACAAUGAUCGGAGAUAAAGGUGAAUUACCCAUCGCAAUGGCACUUGCAAAUGUUGUUUCACCUCAGUACAUGGAUGAGCUGGCACGUGUGUUUGUGACCAUCUUCGAUGCCAAACACCUACUUCAUCAGUUAUUAUUGAAUAUGUUCGCUAAAGAAGUUGAAUUAGCUGAUUGCUAUCAAACGAUUCUGCGUGGAAAUGGUUUACCUACAAAAAUCAUGUUGUUCUGCUUUAAACUCUACGGCUCACAUUAUUUAUAUAACUUAUUCGCGCCGAUUCUAGCGAAAAUGUCUAUUGCUGAUCUACGUUCGUAUGAAAUCGAUCCAUCACGUCUUGAACAACACGAACAAUUGGAUGAAAAUCGUAAAAACUUACGUUUAUUAACACAAGAUGUUUUCCAAGCGAUUCUCGAUUCGGCUUCACAAUUUCCAUUACAAUUACGAAUCCUUUGUUCUUGUCUAUAUCAAGUUGUUCAACAACGUUUUCCUCAGCAUCCAUUACAAGCUGUGUCAACGGUCAUCUUUCUUCGUUUUCUCAAUCCAGCAUUGGUUCUUCCGCAUGAAUACGGAAUCGUCGACGCAGAGCCAUUGCCAAGUAUCAAACGCGGUCUAACACUUGUAUCAAAAAUUCUUCAGAAUAUCGCCAAUAAUCUCAUCUUUACCAAAGAAUUCCACAUGCGAUGUUUCAACGAUUACCUUCGCUACACAUUCGAUUCAGCGACAUAUUUCGUUUCAGCGAUAAGCGAGCCAAUCAAUCUGAAUACGAUAGCACCGAUAGAUGAACAACAGCCCGUUGAAAACAAUCAAACACUCGACUCAACAGUCGUUUCACCAACUUAUCCAAUGUCGUACAUCAGCGAUGCCAAUGUUUUAGCACUACAUCGCCUUCUUUGGUAUCAUCAAGAAAAAAUCGGGGAUUAUCUAUCGAGCGGAAGAGAUCAUAAAGCCAUUGGUCGACGACCAUUCGAUAAAAUGGCAACUUUAUUGGCUUAUCUUGGGCCACCGGAUCAUCGACCGUUGGAUUCACAAUGGAUUUCGUACGAUAUGACUGCGACGAAAUUCGAAGAAUUGAUGGCAAAAACACAAAUGCACGAACGAGAAGAAUUCAAAUCCUUGAAAGCAUUGAAUAUCUUCUAUCAAGCUGGAUUUAGUAAACAGAAUAAUACACCUGUAUUUUAUUACAUAGCACGUCGUUUUAAAGUCAACGAGAUGAAUUGUGAUCUGUUAAUCUAUCACGUUCUACUAACAUUAAAGCCGUUUCAAGCGAAACCAUUUGAAUUAGUUAUUGAUUUCACUCACACAUGCACAGAUAAUCGAUUUAAGACCGAUUAUCUAUCGAAAUGGUUUAUCUGCAUGCCUGAUUGCUUCUGUUAUAACCUACAAGCAUGCUAUAUCUAUAAUUGUAAUUCGUGGGUGAGAGAGUAUACGAAAUACCACGAUCGAAUCUUGUCGACAAUCAAAGGUUCGAGAAAACUGAUUUUUCUCGAUCACAUUUCACGUUUGAACGAUUUUAUCGAACCCGAUCAACAAAAAUUGCCUGGACACACCUUAUCGCUCGAAGAAGAUCUUCGUGCAUUUAAUAAUGCACUAAAAUUAUCACACAAGGAUACCAAAGUUGCUAUUAAAGUCGGCCCGCAGGCAAUUCAAAUAACCUCGAGUGAAAAGACGAAAGUCCUUGGACAUAGUGUUCUACUCAAUGAUGUUUACUACGCAUCGGAAAUCGAAGAAGUUUGUCUAGUCGAUGACAAUCAGUUUACAUUAACUAUUGCCAAUGAAACUGGUCCACUUUCGUUCAUUCACAAUGAUUGUGAUAACAUCGUUCAAGCGAUUAUUCAUAUCCGAACGCGAUGGGAACUUGCCCAACCAGAUUCGAUCCAAAUCCAUAAUAAAAUUCGACCAAAAGAUGUUCCAGGGACGCUGUUGAAUAUAGCCUUGUUAAAUUUGGGUUCUCUUGAUCCAUCACUUCGUUCAGCUGCUUACAAUCUUCUUUGUGCAUUGACCCAAACAUUUGAUUUACGUAUCGAAGGUCAACUACUGGAAUCAUCGGGCUUAUGCAUUCCGUCAAAUAACACCAUCUUUAUUAAAACAAUUUCUGAAAAACUAGCAUUGAAAGAAGCACAUCUAACCUUGGAAUUUCUCGAAGAAUGCAUUGAAGGUUUUCGAAACUCCACCAUCGAAUUAAAACACCUCUGUUUGGAGUAUAUGACGAAAUGGUUACCGAAUUUAACGCGAUUUUGUAAACAAAACGAUGAAUAUAAACGAAUGAAAGUGUCGAUGAUAUUGGACAAGUUAAUCACGCUAACAAUCGAAGAAGACGAUAUGUAUCCAUCCAUUCAAGCGAAGAUUUGGUCACAUCUUGGACAAGUUAGCGAUCUACUGGACAUCGUUUUAGAUUGUUUCAUCAAACGAUCGGUUGUUGGCGGACUCGGUUCUGUACAAGCUGAGAUUCUUGCUGAUACAGCCGUGGCAUUAGCCAGUUCGAAUGCAUUGUUGUUCUCUCGAAAAGUGAUUGGCCGUCUCUGCCGUUUAAUUGAAAAAACAUGUCUAUCACCAACACCCACACUCGAACAACAUCUCAUGUGGGAUGAUAUCGCUAUCUUACUUCGAUAUUUACUGAUGCUCUCAUUCAAUAAUUCACUCGAUGUUGCAUCACAUCUACCUUUUCUAUUUCAUAUUGUGACAUUAUUAGUUAACACCGGACCGUUGACAUUACGAGCAUCGACACAUGGUCUUGUGAUUAAUGUUUUACAUGCGCUAUGUACAUGUUCUCAACCUCAAUUUAGCGAUGAAACUCAACGCGUUCUUCGUUUGUCAUUAGCAGAAUUUUCCCUUCCGAAAUUCUACGCUCUAUUCGGUUUAUCGAAAGUCAAAUCAGCCAGUGUGAUUGCCUUUCGUACGGGUAUUAUUCGACAACAACAACAACAACAACAUUCCAGUCAAAUGUUAUCCGCGGAGAAGCAAGUUCAUCACGAACGUUUCAUUCCGAUUAGUAAUGUUCAUUCGCCAAACAUCGAACAAGUCGAACGAAUGAGUUUAAUAUCGUUGGAAACAAUCACUGAUACGUUAUUAGAAUUAAUGGAAGCAUGUAUGACAGACAUACCCGAUUGUGAAUGGUUAACGCAAUGGCAAGAAUUAGCCAAACGUUUUGCUUUUCAAUAUAAUCCUGCCUUACAACCACGCGCUAUAAUUGUCUACGGUUGCAUAUCGAAAACGACCAGCGAUGGUGAAAUCAAAGCUUUAUUACGAAUAUUAGUCAAGGCAUUGGAAUCAUUCUCCGAUAUCGAUCUAAUCGAUGGAAUCAUUAUGUGUUUGACACGUUUAUUACCAUUACUAUCUCCCGAGUCGAAAAUACAUAAAUUUAUCUUUUGGAUUUCGAUUUCAAUUCUUCAACUGCAUCAAACACAAUUGUAUGCAUCGGGACUAGCUUUACUCGAACAAAAUCUUCAUACACUUGAUCAUAUGUUGAAUUUAUUCGAAAAUACAAGUACACAUCAACAGCAAACAUUAGAAAAAAUCAUGAUGGACGCACGUGAACCGUUAGAAUGGCAAUUUAAACAACUAGAUGCUAGUAUGGGUUUAUCGUUUCGAUCGAAUUUUAAUUUUGCACUCGUGGGACAUUUAAUCAAAGGUAAAUAG